AUGCGUCGCCAUCAUCACUUCGACAACAACAACAAUCUUCAUCAGAGCCAGGAACCAACAGCAAUCGAGCAUACCAAGAAGCCUCCAGGAUUCCACGACUACCCCAUCCAUCAUCCUCAUCAUCAAGUGAUAUGGUCCAGCCUCCAACGCGUCUCAAAUGGCUUCCUAGACUCCCUUCGGAUCAGUCGCAUCGUCAGUCAAUUGCAAUCUAACCGGGCACUCAGGUCUUUGAUAGUCCAAAACUCGGCCCUCCAACUGCUUUGUAUCGCUAGCCUGGUCGCACUCGAGGCCUAUGCCGAUAGCCAUCGCUCCUCCUCUAAUAUCCGGUCCACUCUGGAUAUUUUGUUCAAUAUAUUCUGGUUAUUUCCGAUCGGAAUGAUUUCGAUUGCCAUGAACGGUACGAUCACCGAAAGCUGUUUACAUUCGAAGCAUAGGACCCAAGAAGUCUCGAGGAUAGUCCUGCCAGCGUUUACGAUUGCCUCAUGGCUAGAAAUCGUCGACUAUCUGAAGACGAAACUUCGCUCGGAUUACCCGCGGAUCUUGAUCCUCUUGAACUAUCUCUUGAUGGCCAAGGGACUCCUGUGGGUCCCUUUCGUCGGCUUCCCGCUCAGCUUCACUUUCUCCUCCAUCGGCAAUUCGUUCUAUUGUUUCGAGCCUUAUUGGCUUAAAGAUGGUCUCAAGUUCGAAGAACGAUUAAACUUAUUGGAACAACAGUGGGAUUAUCACUUAGGAUUCGGCCUAAUAAUGACCACAUUAACCUCGAUCUGGCCGCACCACAACAUCCUAAACCUAUCCCUAUUUACCCUCCUAUUUCCAUUCCUCUUGAUCAUCCUAUCCGUCGGACAAAAGCCCCUACACAGACCAACAUCAGCAGCAGCAGCAGCAACAGAGCACAAGAAAGAAGACGGCCGAUCGGGUCAUAACUCUCAUCCAAUCCAACUCCCCCUACUCUUUAUCUCUCGAAAACUUCAUCUGAUAUUCUUUAGUCAUCAUCCUAAUAACAACUCUCACCUUCAUCAUCCUUCUGUUCAUGACGGCCAUGUGCUGAUCGAAGAUGGAGGAGAUCAUUUAUAAUCAGAUCAACCAUCUUCCUUGUCCUUCUUUUGUUAAUAUUCUUCGACCUUUGAAUCAUUUUGGUUUCUUCUUAAAAUCUCAUCUUUUCUUUUUCUGCAUGUUCUUGUGGCAUGUACUCCCCUUCGUAUCUUCUUCACUAUUAGAUCUCUGCACAAACCAACUCCCCUGUCACUUUUUGUUUUCUUCUUCUUUCUUUUUUCACAUGAAUUAAAUAGAUUUACUGAUUAUUAACCCAUUUAUCUCUUUUAUAAAUAAAUAGAGACAAUUAUCUUAUGCACCUAUUUUGAAGGAGCUUUGCAUGUUCUUUGUAAUACACAAUACAAAAUUGUCAAUGGGAAGAGCAAAGUUUGACAAGGCCUCCUUUGUUGUGGUGCAAAUAUUAAAAUGAAAACU